ACGAGACAUACACAACUUUGUUCCCUGGAAACGGCUCUUCUUGGUGACGGACUGCCGAAUAGUAGCAACUCAACGCGGAUUAAACCGCCUCAAAACUUCACAGGAUAACCACCCGCCGUCGCGAAUCACAUGGAGGGGGGGUGUUAGUUAGUUAGUGAGCUGCUGCCGGCCGCAGGUUAAAGUUAGUGGUGAAAACUAACUUCAGUCAGCGACUGAGCUUUGCUAGCAGGCUAACUAAUUAGCUGAGUUGACAGAAACCGAAGGUUAGGCAGGCAGUCUGCCUCCCCUCCCUCCCUGUUGCAGUAGCAACUUAAAAAAGGAGGUCGGUCCGUGGCUAUGUGGAGACCAGGCAGCUCUAAAGAGCACAAUGCACGGAGGAAGCCCCUCAUUCCGUAGGAACCUGGCGGAUAGGUGCACCGGGAGAUGAAACGGCACAGUCUGGAGGCUACGAGCCAGUAGGGCGGGCAGGGUAUUAGAGCCAAGUCGAAACCUUGAAGCUUUGCUACCCAGCGGUGUGUGUGUGUGAGAGAGAGAGCGUGUGUGUGUGGUCGAAGUGCCUAUGGCGGAGUUUGGGGAGGACGGAAGGCUGCCUCCAGUAAAUCUCGGGGACACGGCCGUGCCCAGCGACGACGCUGCGGGCAGGACGCAUUGCGAAGAGGCGGUUCUGAAUGGAGACUGUGGGAUUUCAGACAACAUGGUCGGUUCGGGAUCCCUGGUCACACCUGGUGGCCGAAGCGGAGUGGAAAACGCCUCAGUGGGAAUGGAUGCCAAAUCAGAAAUACCACGCAGGAGCAGCAUCAUUAAGGAUGGACGACAGCGUAAGGAAAGAAAGAAAACUGUAUCAUUCAGCAGCAUGCCUGCUGAGAAGAAGAUCAGCAGUGCCAGUGACUGCAUCAAUGCAAUGGUCGAUGGCACAGAGCUGAAGAAAGUACGAUCUAAUUCACGUGUUUAUCAUCGCUACUUCCUCCUCGAUGCUGACAUGCAAUCUUUAAGAUGGGAGCCGACAAAGAAGGAGUCCGAAAAGGCAAAAAUUGAUGUUAAGUCCAUCAAGGAGGUUCGGACGGGUAAAAAUACGGACACUUUUAGAACUAACGGCACCUAUGACCAGAUAUCAGAGGACUGUGCUUUUUCAAUCAUUUUUGGAGACAAUUAUGAGUCCCUGGACUUGGUGGCAAACACAGCAGAUAUAGCGAACAUAUGGGUAACAGGGUUGAGGUACCUGAUCUCAUAUGGGAAUCAUACCUUAAAUAUGAUUGAGAGCAGUCAGAACAACUUGCGCUCAUCUUGGCUAAGUGACCUGUUUGACAAGGAAGAUGUCAACAACAGCAAACAAAUAGCAAUAUAUGCUGCUGUGCAGCUUAUCAAGAAACUUAACCCUGGACUUAAAAAUGUGAAAAUAGAACUAAAACUCAAGGAGGUUCACAAAGCUAAGGACAAAGUCAGCUCUGAUGUCACAAAAGAGGAGUUUGUUGAAGUAUUUCAUGAUCUUUGCACCAGACCAGAGAUUUAUUUUCUGUUUGUUCAGUUCUCCAGUAACAAGGAAUUUCUUGAUUCCAAGGACUUGAUGAUAUUUCUAGAGGCGGAGCAGGGAAUGGCACAGGUCAGUGAAGACACCAGCUUAGACGUCAUCCAGAAGUUUGAGCCAUCUAAAGAGGGGCGACUCAAGGGUUGGCUUUCCCUAGAUGGGUUUUCUAAUUAUCUCAUGUCUCCAGAGUGCCACAUUUUUGACCCUGAGCAAAAAUCGGUCUGCCAAGACAUGAAACAGCCUUUGUCUCACUACUACAUCAACGCAUCCCACAAUACAUACCUGAUAGAAGAUCAGUUCAGAGGGCCCUCUGAUGUGACGGGCUAUAUCCGUGCCCUUAAGAUGGGCUGUCGCUGUGUGGAGCUGGAUGUAUGGGAUGGGCCUGAUAACGAACCUGUCAUUUACACUGGCCACACUAUGACCUCACAGAUAGUUUUUCGCAGUGUCAUUGAUGUCAUCAACAAGUAUGCCUUUGUUGCCUCAGAGUUUCCACUGAUACUGUGUUUAGAAAAUCAUUGUUCCUUACAGCAGCAAAAAGUCAUGUUUCAGCAUCUGAAGAAGAUCCUUGGUGACAAGAUGUAUGUAGAUUCUCCAAAACCUGAGGACUGUUACCUGCCAUCUCCCUCUGAAAUGAAGGGAAAGAUCCUACUGAAGGGUAAGAAACUGGACACAAACUGCAGCAAUUCAGAGGGAGAGGUGACCGAUGAAGAUGAGGGUGCAGAGAUGUCUCAGAAGAUGAGUAUCGAAUCUACAGAACAGCAGACAAUUGCACACAAAAAAUUCCAGCUUCUUAAGGAUCUCUCUGAUCUUGUGACAUUGUGCAAGUCCAUAGAGUUCAAAGACUUCCCUACAUCUUUCCAGAACCAGAAACCCUGGGAACUUUGCUCUUUCAAUGAGGUCUUUGCUUCUCGCUGUGCCUGUGACUUCCCGGGUGAUUUUGUUAACUACAACAAAAAGUUUUUGGCACGAGUUUACCCGAGUCCAAUGCGGAUCGACUCUAGCAACAUGAACCCACAAGAUUUCUGGAAGUGCGGCUGCCAGAUUGUAGCAAUGAACUACCAGACUCCCGGCCUGAUGAUGGAUUUAAACAUUGGUUGGUUCCGUCAAAAUGGUAACUGUGGAUAUGUGCUUCGUCCUGCCAUCAUGAGGGAGCAGGUCUCAUAUUUCAGUGCCAACACAAAAGAUUCAGUGCCAGGUGUUUCUCCACAACUCUUGCACAUCAAAAUAAUCAGUGGGCAAAAUUUCCCCAAACCCAAAGGCUCAGGUGCCAAAGGAGACGUGGUGGAUCCCUAUAUGUAUGUGGAAAUACACGGCAUUCCUGCAGACUGUGCUGAACAAAGGACUAAAACGGUUCACCAAAAUGGAGACAAUCCCUUGUUUGAUGAGAGCUUUGAGUUUCAAAUUAACCUCCCUGAACUGGCAAUGGUGCGCUUUGUGGUGCUAGACGACGACUUUAUUGGUGAUGAAUUCAUUGGCCAGUAUACGAUACCUUUUGAGUGUCUGCAACCAGGUUUUCGUCACGUACCUCUGCAGUCUCUGACUGGAGAGGUUUUGCCAAAUACCCUGUUGUUUGUUCAUGUGGCCAUAACCAAUCGAAGAGGAGGUGGCAAACCACACAAAAGGGGGCUAUCUGUACGAAAAGGCAAAAAGUGUAGAGAGUAUGCCAGCAUGAGAGUGCUUCAGAUCAAAGCUGUUGAUGAUGUCUUUAAAACAGCCCUGCUUCCACUGAGGGAAGGAACAGACCUCAGAGAAAACAUGCAGAAUGCCAUAGUGUCCUUUAAAGAGCUGUGUGGCCUUUCAGCGGUGGCUAACCUGAAGCAGUGCAUCUUGGCUCUUUCCCCUCGGCUGACCGGACCUGACAACAACCCCCUUCUGCUGUUCAGCCUCACUGAUCAGUAUCCUAAUUUAGAGCCCCAAGGUUUGCUACCAGAGGUCCUCAAGAAAGUCACCAGCACUUACGACAUGGUGAUCCAGACAAGCAAAACCCUGCUGGAGAGCUGCGAUAGCGUCUAUGACAGAAUUCUGCAAACUCAAAAAGCAGCCAUGGAGUUUCAUGAGAACCUGCACGACUUGUCUGUGAAGGAGGGCUUGAAGGGCCGGAAGCUGCAAAAGGCGGUGGAGAGCUUCACCUGGAACAUCACCAUCCUGAAGGGCCAGGCAGACCUACUGAAACAUGCCAGGAGUGAAGUCCAGGAGAACCUGAAGCAGAUCCACUACGCAGCUCUCACCUGUAACCUGAGUAAAGGAGGAGCAGGGGGCGGCUCCGCCGAGGCUAGGAGCAGACGCAGCCUGGAGGCCAUCCCGGAAAAGGCCCUGGCGGAGGAGGAGCUCACCGACGAGGACGGCUAGAGCUCCCGGUGCUUAACUAUGUUCUCAAACUCCAGAGUUCUUCUGUCCAUCGAUUCGUUGUUCUUCAUCUUUGGCUGGGAGCCAUUGCUCCACAUUCCAUCACAGACAUUCCUGAACCCAAAGCACAUUUUAGCCAGUACGACACCCGACUUCUCCAGGCUGAAGCUCAGAGAUCUAAGGACCUGCAUCACCUCCAAGGCUUCACCGUUCCCAAACACGAAAUGAGGAUGAAACUGUUCCCGUUGCUCCUGUCUCCUCGGGAUGUGCGGAGUGAACUGUGGCCGUGAGACUUCCACUCAGAGGAGCAGCCUUCUCCAGGCUGAAAGGACUCGGAUUGAUGCAGAGGAUGUUUUCAAAAAGCACAAUUUUCUGAGCUAUGAAUGUAACGGGACUCAUGAUUAGGAACAAAAAUCCUGGAGCUGUUUACUAAACCGGACGCAUUCAUGUUCUCUGCCAAAAUGACCCAAUCUUCUGUGUAAAUAUAGACUUCCUGUUACCUUUUAUCUGCAGCGUGCGUCAGUUUAAUAAUGUAUACUUGGAAAUAUGAGAUUUAUUUUAUAAAAGAUAUAUGAACAUGUCUGUGGUGAAGAAAUUUUAUUUGUGUGGAGACCGGCUCGGACUUCCAAUAUGAGGGAAUGUUUUUAUCCAUAAAGUCUCAGUAUUCCCAACCAGCAGCUGCAGGGAGAAGAUCGGGGAAGGGGUGAUGACACGUUUUGAUGAGAAAUGUUCCUCGUUUAUUUCCUUUUUUUUUUUUCUGAGGCGAUUUUCACCAAAGUCAGUUCUGUUGGAGCUUUUCUACUGUAAACAGGGUUUCUGGGUCCUAACCAACGUGUUUGUUUACUCCGGAUUUUACUGAACUUAACAAGAAACUGGUUUGAUUCAUUUGAAGGAAAUGUUUUGUUUAGAUUUUGUUUAUUAAAAACAUCAUGCCAUUUUGUGUUUAAACAUAGUCAUGUGAUCGUCUGACGUGUUUGGAUACUAGGAGCUGUUGGAGUGGUUUGGAGGAAAUGCUGCCUUUCUGAUCAAAGCAACACAUUUUUAUCAAAUUUAACUGGCAAAGUUAAAGAAAAAUGUCACGUUUCAGCUUUUAAUUUGGCAAAUAAUAAAGUAUCUCAAACAUU